AUGGCAUCGAAGAAAUACGCCCUGAUUGGCACCGGUAGCCGUGCCGGCUUCUUUUACACGGCCGUUGCGCGGGAUUUUAGCGAUUCGGCACAGCUGGUCGCUCUUUGCGACACGAACCAGACGCGCAUGAAUGUGGCCAACGACAAGCUCCAGAAGCUGGGUCACCAACCUCUGCCCACCUACACGGCCCGUAACUUUGAUCGUAUGAUUGAGGAAACUGGGCCCGAUUGUGUUAUUGUCACGACGAUCGACCGCACUCAUCACAUCUACAUCAUCCGUGCAAUGGAACUCGGGUGCGACGUGAUCAGUGAGAAGCCGAUGACCGUGGACGAGGAAAAGUGUCAGGCCAUCUUGAAUGCCUGCAAACGGACCGGGCGCAAAUUGCGGGUCACUUUUAAUUAUCGCUACGCGCCACAUAACACCAAGAUUCGCGAAUUAAUCGCCGACGGCACGAUCGGCCAGGUCUUCUCGGUCCAUUUCGAAUGGCUUCUGAACACCCAACAUGGAGCAGAUUAUUUCCGUCGAUGGCAUCGAGAUAAACGUAAUAGUGGAGGCCUACUGGUGCAUAAGGCGACCCAUCAUUUCGACCUGGUCAACUUCUGGCUGGGAACUCAGCCCCAGACGGUAUUUGCCAUGGGAGACCUUAAGCUCUACGGUCAAGAGAAUGCCGAGAAGCGUGGAGAGACAAAAUUCUACUCUCGUGCCCGAGGCAGUCAGUAUACGACGAAGGACCCCUUUGCCUUACAUCUAGAAGACCAUGCGGAUUUAAAGGCGAUGUACCUGGAUGCUGAAGAGGAAGACGGUUACUAUCGUGAUCAAAGUGUUUUUAGUGAUGGCAUUAGCAUUGAAGACACAAUGGGCGUGAUGGUUCAGUAUAGCUCGGCGUCUAUAUUGACAUAUAGCCUGGUCGCAUAUGCCCCAUGGGAAGAUUUCCGAGUCUGCUUUAACGGCAGUAAAGGACGACUCGAGGUAAAUGUAGUGGAGCAAUCCUAUGUGAGCGCAGGUGGGGAUCGGCAGAUGGAGGGAGCGGUGAAGGGGAUCAACAUUACUGUCCACCCCAUGUUUGCCGAGCCCUACCCGGUCCAUAUCGAUGAGGGUCAAGGAGGUCAUGGUGGUGGGGAUCCGAUACUUCUCAAUGACCUGUUUGGCCAACCUGCCCCGGAUCGCUUCAAUCGUGCCGCAUCCCAUGUGGAUGGAGCCAUGUCCAUUCUCACUGGUAUUGCGGCAAACAAAUCCAUUCGUACCGGCCAGGCAGUUCACAUCAAGGAUCUUCUCCAGUUUUGA